AUGAACCGAGUCCUCAUCGCCCUCUUCCUCGUCGCCCUCAUCUCCGUCCAAUAUGUGGCGCAAGCCACCGAGGUCGGAGACAAGGCCAAGGACGCCGCCGAGACGGCCGAGACGAAAUUCAACGAGGGCAAGCAGGCCGCCGCUGAUGCCAAGGACUCUCUUGGCGAGAGGAUAAGCAAGGGCUACGAGGAGGGAAAGGCCGCCGCCAGCGGAGCCAAGGAUAAGAUUGGAGAGAAGGUCGAGGAAGCGGGUAAGAAGAUCCAGGAC